AAACGGAUAAGGAAAAUGCCGAGUUAAGAAAAGCACGGCAGCUCGACUCAUGUAAAUAAUUAGUCGAGUUAAUAGGUAUAGAUUAAAGGCGAAUAGCCGGCGAGUCGAGUGGUUCAGCGGCCAGCAUAGUAACUUGCUCAAGUUGGCCCCUCCCACUACUACUCUACCGUGAACUUGACUGAACACUUGACCCGUCUAAACGUGUUUCUUGCUGUUAGAUAGUAGAGUAAUUCGCGCCAAAAUAAAAAAAAACGGUUUGUGUUUGUUGAUUGAAGUGGCAAAAUAGUAAAAGUGAAGUGGAACGAAAAUGAUACCCUAAAAUUUGUUGUACUCUAUCGUGACCAGAAUGUUCGUCGAUGCACGUCGAUUUAUAGAAAUAAAAACAUGAGCCAGAGAGCUAUCGAAGCUAUAAUGACCGAGAUUUCUAGAGAUGGGUUUGGAGUUGCGGAAGUUAAGCAGAAAAUAAAAAAUAUUCGAUCUACUUACAAUCAGGAAGUGCAAAAAGUUAAGAAAAGUCAGGAACCUGCCCUGAAAAUAUGUACUCACCUGCUGUGAAAUGGUUUGAUAUUCUGAAUGAGAUAUGAGAGGUGCAAAGGAUCCACGUGAAACCAUUAGCAACUUGAAAUGGAACACUACUGUUAUGGAACGUCAAUCGCAGAAAAAGGAUUAUCCAUAUAUAAGAAGAGUUUGGAGACUUUCCUACAGAUUCGUAUCGUAUCGACGCGUUCAUCAUUUUUCGGAAAACAUGGCGGAAACGGUUCAAAUCGAAUUUUCAUAAUCCGGACCCGUAUCGGUUCGUAAUUUUUUGUUAAAAAUUGUUAGUGAAUGGGUUUGUCAGCGAUCAACAAGGAGACGUUAUCGAAAAAUUCUCAACGGACUCACUAAACGUGCCCACUUUAAAUGUUAAGAAGAGAAAUAGAUUUGGUGCCAACGGACUGUAAAAAGUACAAGCCUUUUUUUUCGAGACGCUAUAAGAGUUGGGGCCUGGUAAUCGGUCCCUUCGGAAUGUGCCAGACUGGUGUACCAUUUGGUGAUACUUACUGGGUGAAAAAUUGGUUGCAAAUAGAUGGUGAAGUUUUGAAGCCAUUAAAAGAAUGUCCAAAUAGACCAAUUUUCGGAUUCCAAUGUACUAGAAAGGAACAGAGUGGAGAUAGAUUUUGGAAUCUGUUCUCUGAAUUAUGUACGGAUCCUGAGAAAUUUUUCAAUUGUGCAUUUGUUUAUAAUUAUUGUCCUUUGGCAUUUAUGGAUGGAACAGGCCGAAAUUUAACCCCAGCUGAUAUUAAGGAGCGCAAAAAUCUCGAAUUAAUCUGUGACAAAUACUACCACGAAGUGCUGAAGCUUCUUCAACCUGAAGUUAUAGUAGCAGUUGGGGAUUACAUGGAGAAGAGGACCAAAGCUGUUUUUAAAGUUUAUGAAUUCACAAACAGUAUCAAACUGUUUCGAAUGCCGCAUCCUAGUCCUAGAGCCGUUAAUAAUCAAAACUGGUCUGAAAAAGCAAAACGUUUUCUAGAACAACAUAAUUUGAUGGAGUUUAUUCUUUAAAAUGGAUAGUUGGUUAAGUGGUGAAAAAAAAUUUAUGGAAUUAGCAUUUUCUUAUGCCCAGCAGGCUUUACAAAAUCUUGAAGUUCCAGUAGGUUGUAUAUUUGUUUAUCACAAUGAAGUUUUGGUAGUGGGAAGAAAU